AUGACUGAAAGCAAGCAGCAGGCUUUGCAUAUUCUGUUGAACGUGGAGGGGCUGGAAGUGGCGCUUGAAAUUCUUGGCUAUGCCUUUGAUUAUGACUUUGUCCCGGCUAUUGGGGCGGCAGGGGGAGUUCUAGUGGCCUGGCUGAGGGACCGCUGGGUAGUUUCUGCAGUCACUAAGGGCAGGUUCUCCAUCUCUAUUCAGGUCGCUGAGGUUGGCUCCACCUUCGGACCGUGGUGGCUCAUAGUGGUUUACGGACCUCAGUUGGAUGCUGACAAGGUUGCUUUUCUGGCUGAACUCUCACAGUUCAGGGUAAACGCGGCUGGUCCUUGGUUCUUGUGUGGUGAUUUCAACACGAUCCACCGAGCUGAAGAUAAGAACAAUGAUCGGCUCGAUCGUCGUUGCAUGAGGAGGUUCAGGGGCUUUCUUGAUAGGUUACAGCUGGCUGAGGUCGAGCUGUCGAGGCGAAAAUUCACUUGGUCGAGUGGACGUGAUCGGCCAACCCUGGAAAGGCUAGACAGGAUGUUUGCUUCGGCGGACAGGUUCGUCGAGUUUCCGCGUCACGUUCUAAGCCCUCUUUCUUCGGAUUGUUCGGAUCACUGCCCCCUGUUGCUGACCCUGCUGUCGCUAGGGGGUGCCAAGCGCAGAUUUCGGUUUGAAGCCUUCUGGGUGCGUAUCCCGGGCUUUGUUGAGGUCGUCUCGGCAACGUGGGCAGUCGCGGUUCCGGAGGCUGAUCCCUUCAGGGUGUUAGAUCAGAAGUUGCGUGCAGUCACGCAGGAGCUCAGGGGGUGGAGUUCUGCGAAGGUUGGGAGUAUCCAGUUACAGCUUGCGAUGACCCGUGCGAGGUCCAAAAGGCUGGAUCUAGAGGUGCUUGGGCUGCCAUCGUUGGACCUCUCGGCACUGGAAGUGACCUUUUCUAAGCAGGAAGUCUGGGCUGUGAUCAGAGAGCUACCUAAUGACAAGGCUCCCGGACCCGACGGGUUCACAGGCAGAUUUUACAAGGCGGCCUGGGCCACAAUCAAAAGUGACGUGCUGAACGCGUUCAAUGCCUUCUGGGCCAAUGAUUUCAGAAGCCUCAACCACCUCAAUGAUGCACUUUUGAUCCUGUUAAGAAAGAAAGAACAAGCUGAAUUGAUUAGGGACUUUCGGCCCAUUAGCCUCAUCCAUAGUUUCGGGAAGCUAGUCACCAAGUGCCUGGCCAAUCGGCUGGCCGGGGUCCUUCAUCACUUAGUGCAGGUCAACCAGAGCGCCUUCAUCAAAGGGAGAUGUUUGCAUGACAACUUUCGCCUGGUCCAGCUUACCUGCAUGGCGCUGCACAGGGCGUGCAGGUCCUGCAUCCUUUUGAAGGUUGACAUAGCCAGGGCUUUUGAUUCAGUGGAUUGGGUGUUCCUCUUGGAGGUGCUCUCGCAUUUGGGUUUUGGCCAGCGGUGGAGGGACUGGAUCUCUGCAAUCCUUGCUACUGCUAGUACUCGCAUCCUGCUGAAUGGGCAGCUAGGGAGAAGAAUUUGCCAUGCUCGGGGCCUGCGGCAAGGAGACCCGUUGUCGCCAAUGCUCUUUAUCCUGGUCAUGGAAGCGCUGAAUCAUUUCUUGCGGUGGGCGGAGCAGCAAAGUUUGUUAACGCCGGUGGCUGGUGUCGUGGGCUCCAGGGUCAGCCUGUACGCUGACGAUCUUGUGAUCUUUCUUGCGCCUUCUGAGCAGGACCUGUGGACAGUGAGGACUGUUCUCCAGAUUUUUGGCUCGGCCUCUGGUCUGUUCGCCAACCUAGAAAAGAGCAAGGCCACGCCUAUCCACUGCAGCGAGCAGGAUAUGGAUCUAGUCACGCAGAUUCUGCAAUGCCAGACCGAGCAGUUCCCAACUCGCUAUCUGGGGGUCCCUCUGUCAGUGAGAAAGCUUAAAAGAGCUGAUGAGCAGCCGCUGCUGGACAGGGUGGCCGGUCGAAUACCUGGUUGGAAAGGGCAGUUGCUCAAUCAAGCGGGAAGAACGGCACUGGUCAAGGCCACCCUUUCGGCCAUCCCGGUGCACACUUCCAUUGCGUUGUGCCUAUCACCGUGGGCCGUUUCCAUGAUUGAUAAACUCCACCGUGCGUUCAUUUGGACGGGCUCGGAUUCAGUGAUUGGUGGACGGUGCAAGGUGGCAUGGCCACGCGUCUGUAGACCCAAAGAGCUUGGGGGCCUCGGCGUCACUGACCUCAGGCGCGCUGGAGUGGCCCUACGUGUGCGAUGGGUGUUGAGCGAUCGUCUCAAUGGCCGACUGCUGGCAUCUAACGAACCCAUGGCUUUGGCUCUUUUUCAGGCAGCAACGGUUUUCCGUCUGGGGAAUGGACGGUCCACGUUCUUCUGGACCGAUCGGUGGUUAAACGGGUCCAGCGUGCAGAUGUUGGCGCCGACUGUGUUCCGUUCUGUCAAUGCAAGAAAGAAGAAGUCCACGGUGGAGGAGGCGCAGCAGAACUUUGCUUGGGUUAGGCAUAUUCAGGGGCCGACAACUUUGCAGCUGCUAGUCGAGUUUGCACAGCUUUGCGACGUUCUGGAACAGGUGCAACUUUCCUCGGAGCCAGAUACCUUCGUCUGGAGGUUCUCUGGUGAUGGAGCGUACUCGACGGCUUCCGCUUAUGGGGCGAUGUUCCUGGGUUCCUCACCAAUGUUGGGGGCCAAAGAAUUUGGAAGACAGCCGCACCGCUGA